AUGUCGACCACGACGAUUGAGCUUGCGACGCUCGAGCGGGGCGUCCACGGCUCUGGCGACCCGACGCCGGGCCCCUCCAUCCCGCCAACCCCCGCGCGUUCGCUGAACAACUCGCCCGACCACUCGCGCCGAACAAGCCGGACGAGUUUUGACAUCCCCUCCCGGCCCCCUUCCGCCGUCACGACAAUCCCAAAAGCAAACUAUGAAUACGAGUAUCCUCCCCCCUCUGCCGUGCCGUCUGUGCACUCGCGAAGGCCGAGCGAGGAGGGCAUUGGCGCCGCCGAGCUCGACAAUGACACGGCAACGGCGGCGCUUCCGCCCGUCGACGGGGGCAAGCGGGCGUGGACCUUCCUCGCGGCCGCAACGUUUAUCGAGACGACAGUGUGGGGCCUGCCGUACACUCACGCUCACGCUGGCGGCUACGUUGCAGACGGCGCUCAUGUACAUGUCGACCGCGCUGCUUGGACCGCGUUUCCCCACUACUCGCGCCAGUUCCAGAUUAUCGGCCUGACCGUCUCGACGGCUGCGCUGAUUGGGAGUGCAUUCGUGACGCAGGCGUCCCACCUCGUCAUCACGUUUGGUGUCCUGUACCCCUUUGCCGGGGCGCUGUACCUCCCCUGCGCAACGCUGCUGUACGAGUGGUUCCACCAGAAGCGCGGGCUCGCCAAUGGCAUUCUCUUCUCCGGAACGGGCGUGGGCGGCACGGUGCUGCCCAUCGUCAUUUCGGCCCUGCUCAACGGCGUCGGGUACAAGGCCACCAUGCUCGCGUUGGGGAUCGCCUUUGGCGUGUCCAACCUCGUCGCCAUGGUCUUCAUCAAGCGCCGUGUGCCCCUGCCUCCGCGCAGCGGACGGCUGCGAGACAAGCUGCGCGGCCUCCGUCCCGGCCGCCCCAACCGGAGGUUGCACGACGGGCACUCUGGACGACACACCGGCGGCCUGCGCGGCAAGUGGAACGUCGACCUCGGCAUCACGCGCACGUGGGCGUUCUGGUGCGGCCUGCUCGUGCUCCUUCUCACGAGCAUGGGCAACUUCAACCCGACGCUGUGGAUCCCCACUUUUGCAGACAACGUCCACGCCCAUCCCGACGGAACGGCCAUGGUGUCCAUCAUGAACGCGGCGAGCGUACCUGGCAAUCUCCUGCUCGGAUGGAUCUCCGACCGUGCUUCGGCCCGCGUCACGAUUGCCAUCAACUGCCUCGUCGCCAGCGUCAUUGUACUAACCCUCUGGGGCUUUGGCACUAGCUCGUCGCUGCUCAUUCUGUUUAGCAUCUUCUGGGGCUUCUCUGCGCUCAGCUUUGUCUCCCUCUGGGGUAAGAUGAUUACGCGCAUCUGCAAGGACAGGCCGAGCUGGAUUUCCCUCAUUUUCAGCAUGUUUGCAGUUCUGCGCGGUGUUGGAAACCUCACCUCGGGUCCCAUCUCGAGUAAACUCCUCCAGACGCAGGCGUUCAAGGGCGCCGCAGGAGCAUACGGCAAGACCAAUUUUGGCGCCGUACUCAUCUACACGGCCGCGACCAUCUUUGGCGGCGGCGCCAUUGGCAUCUUCUUCCCUGGCUCCAAGUAG